AUGAUAAUGAUACUGAUGGCCGCUCCGCCCGCCUUUUCGGGUGGAUUCGAUACCUUCUUUCGUCGUUCCAGGGCGCCGGCGGCCGGGGUCCCGAUGGAAGCACCGCACCCCAGAAAAUCAACCACUCUUUUUUUCCCCGGCCUCGCGGCGUCCGCCGGCAUUUCCUCAGGGGGGCCGAUUGCGCUUGUCGCCGCGGUUGUGCUCCCGGUGGGCGUGGUGUGGGGUAGGGUGUGUCUUCAGUUGCGGCCGCGUGAAAAGGGGAAAUUCCAUCGAACCCCGCCGCACUGGCGUAAAAGCGUCUAA